AUGAACGAUCUGGGCAAGACAUUGUUCUACCGGUACGUCUGCAAGUGCCGCGUCAAUGACGACUCAUCCGACGCACGCUUCGAGCGGGCGCUGAGCGCCCGAUCGGAGCUCGCGCCGGACGAGGCUGUCGCGCUCGCCCGCCUCUCUCUCGAGGAGCUCUCGAUCGACAGGGCGCUCGAGCGGUGCUCGCAGCUCAUCUGCGGCCGACCGGCGCCGCCAAAGACUGCGGCUCCGUCCUCGGUGUGUGGACUGGUUUGGAAGACGGGCGACAUCGUCUACCACUGCCGAACCUGCGGCAUGGACCCGUCCUGCGCCAUCUGCCACGACUGCUUCCUCAACUCGGACCACACGGGCCACGACUUUUGGAUGUUCUCGUCGGGCGGAGGCUGCUGCGACUGCGGAGACGUCGAGGCGUGGAAGCCCUCCGGCUUCUGCACACGACACGGCCAGGCGGGCGGCGGCUGCGGCGGCUGCGGCGCCUCCUCCGACCGCGCAGCAGACCGCGCGCUGCCCGGCUCUGCGGAGAUGGCGGCGGCAGACGCUGCGAUGCGGUGGCUGCUCGGAGUCUUCACCGUGGGAGGCGGAGGGCCAGAGGAGCGCGGCGGAGGGUCGGCGGAGCAGCAAGCUGACCUCGCUCUGCGCGUGCUCCGCGUCUCUGCGGCGGUGCUCCUGUAG